AUGCAAUAUCCUCGAUCCAACUCGAAGAAAUCAUCUUUCACCAGUCUAUUUCAAUUCUUCUUGCUACCUUUACUCACAAUUUUCUUCGUCACAACCACCACAACGGUAGAAGCAUCAACAUGGGUAAUAAAUGUGGGAGAUGGUGGACUAAAAUUCAAUCCUGACACGGUAACAGUCGCGCCAAAAGACACGGUAAUGUUUAGUUUCUUAAAUGGUCCACACGGGGUAACUCAAUCAACUGGGCCAAAAUCUUGUAGCCCUUUGAACGGUGGGUUCAAAUCGGAUGUUCUUUAUGUGAACGGUAUGUUCUCCCUUAAAGUUGGUAGUGGACUUGGAAAGAUGUAUUAUUAUUGUCAAGUUGGACAACAUUGUGCGCAAGGAAUGACCGGAACAAUAAACGUAGUCGCCGCCGCCAAUUCCAGCUUUAAUACAAGUUCUGGUCAAGUAAACAGCACCGCGAGUUCAGUGGUGCUAGGCAGUAAUAAUGAUGCUAGCCAUGGAAAAGGUUCGACUUCAGUGCUAACAGUUACUAUUGGAGUAUUAGCUUCGAGCUUUUUCAUGGCUAUUAUGUUGUUAUAA